AUUGUGCGAAGAGUCAUUCUGCUGAUGCGAUUAAAGAGGAACCACGUAGUGAAAACUGUCGCCGGUCCAAGUGUUGCGCCGAAGUUUAGCGUGGUCAUCGAGUAUUUUCAAGACCUUCUUGAGACGUUUUAGUACCGGUACAUAACAUUAUCAAGCGGUUGUUGUAUUCAAUAAACGGAAAAGCGGCAUCGAAACAAACCAAGAUGAACGAGCUUUUUAACAAAUCGUGGUCGAUCAAAGUGUUAGUGAGCAUAUGUAAUUUGCCUGUUUUUGUGUUCACAGAUGUACAGUACAUCUUACGUCAGCUUUGUCGUUCACACGUAUGGCAUAAUACACACAUACAGUACCUUAAAAAAUACGCCUUUCUAUAAAAUUGCCAGAAACUCAGAAGACUGACUGGCAACACUAUUUCUAACCGGAGUUGAUUGGCAACAAAUUGUGCACAGAGCGCGAAAUUUAUUGUAUUGUCCGUGUUUCGCCCGAGAGUAGGUGUUCGAUACGAUUGCUCUGACCACGUAUAAUAAAGAUUCGUAACAGUUCGUGUAGUGGUGGAAUUUGAAUUAAAUUUCAAUCUCGCGGACGUGUUGGCAUUGGAGUACCUAGCUUGGUACUUGGAAAAAAUCGUAGGAUAGAAUGCCAAGGAAUAAAGAUCAUAGAUCUCAAGAGAAUGAAUAAUUUCAAUUACUUGUAUUUCUUAUGUGUAGGGCUUAAGAAACGGAAAUUUUUUCGAAUAACGGAUAUUUUUCUGAGUAUGCGGAAAAUCCGUUGUUUGCGAUAUAACGGAUUCUCGGAACAACAGAUGAUUUACUUCCGUAACAUGCACGGCGAGUGAAUCGGAUACCCAUCGAGCUCUCCAGGGACUGAUGGGAGGCCAUUUAUGAACGUGUGGGAUCCCACGCCAGCGACAUCGUGCCUGUUCCUACUUCGGGAUAUCGUAAGAUUCCUCUAGAGCCCUGCAGUGGCAGAGUGGAUGUAACCACUACUGGUUAUAUAGCGUUUUUCAGUUGCGUGUACGCAAACGUGUCAGAAAAUGACGUACCCAAAUCCUAUGGAAAAAAAUUUCAAAUGUCGCAGUUAAUAAAAAAGGAGGCUGAUAUUUCGUCAACAGAAUUCGAACUUAGAUUCGAUAAUUACCGCAACGUGGAUUUUUCAGUACCUCUUUUCAUAAAAACGAAAACUUUUUUUAUAAAACUGAGAAAACAAAACAUUGGAUGGCAUACAAUCGUCAAUGCCUUUCGUUUACAGGUGUGGCUAGCUCUACUGAGUUCCGUUUUACUGUUUGGAUUUUAUUUUCGUUGGGUCAUCAAAGACAAAGACGAUAAACCUUGGCACGUAGCGAGUGUAUACUGGUUUCUCUUCACCACUUUGACUAACCAAGGAGUCGACAUGAGUGUCAUCAAUCGAUUUGCGUCCAGAAUAUGUUUUGUAAUGUGGGUGUUAUCGAUUAGUGUUUUGUUAUGGGGUUACGGCGGUGUAUUGUCGUCGCUGCUGGCCGUGCGGGUAAACGAACCCGUGCCCACCACACUCGAACAACUCGCUGCUGCUCUUGACAGAAGAGAAUAUUCCUGCUUACUUAUUUGCAACAGUAACUAUAUUCAAAGUUUAAAUAAAUCAAAAAUCGGAUACUUGAGAACCUUGGCCAAACAUCUUCAUUCCAGUCACCAGUUUUUGAGAAAUCAACUAAAAGAAGAUGCUGAAAUAAAAGAAAAAUUAAUUAAUGCUUAUACUAAAUUAAGAACUUCAAAAGGCUUGGAUACCAAUGUAAUAGUUGUCGAAAUAUACGAAAUGAUCAUUAAAAUGUUUGGAGAAACAUCAAAGCGGGCAAUUGUCGAUUUUCCAGACUUAAUAAAAUUCCUGACCAUGGAUUCCGACGACGAAUAUUUCGUAUCCGAUGACAUACUUUCCACAAGUAAUUUGGUACUUAUGAUGAGAAAAGGAUUUCCGCAUAAAAAUAAAAUCGACAAAUUAAUCAGAAGAUUGUUCGACACUGGAAUUAUUAUUAAAAUGUCUGGCGGUACAUUUUUCGAAUCAAAACUAAAAUCGUCGAAUGAUUGGAAACGUUUGUCUCUACAAGACUUGUUUGGUCCAUUUGUUGUGCUUAUCGUAGGUUACGCCUUAUCAUUUUCUUGUUUCCUUGCCGAAUUCCUGGUCGGAAUGACAUGCAAUCGGAUUGUUCCUUUCAAGCAGUAAAUUAUCGAACUUUUCGUUAGCACAAUCAUGUGUAAAGGUCGGAGGUGUAGGGGAAACCGGGAAGAGAUAUAACUUUUUUGGAAACAUUUGUUAAUAAGAUAUUAAUUAACUUUUAAAUGUAGUCACCGAUAAGUUUGUACACGAUGUGCGCUUCUA